CGGCGCCAUUUUGGGAGGCUGAGGCGGGAGCGGCGUCGCCUGAGGAGAAAGAAAAGAAGGAAGGAAAGAAAGAAAGAAGCCUCGCUCGGAGGCCGAGGAAGGAAGGAAGGAAGGAAGGAAGGCAGGAGGAGGAGAGGGAAAUGAGGAUUCUAUGGAGCCACGUCUUGUGUGCCGUAAGGAAAGAAAUAAUAUAGGAAGAAGAAAUCCUCCCAAGGUGAAGAUCUUGCUGAAUUCUUGACCUCACUUACAGAUAAGAAAGGAAAAAAGAAGAGUGAAGUAUCUGUAUUCUAAUGAAACACCGAUAUCACAGUGGACAUGAAGGAGAAAGCAUCUAAAUACCUGGAGUGUGGAAAGAGUGAGUUACACUCAGAGUUAUGGUCUGCAGCGACAUGAAAGGACACGCAAUGCGGAGAAGCCCUAUGAAUUCCUGGAGUGUGGAAAGAGCUUUGCGCAGAGUGUAGAUCUAUGUUCACAUCAGAAGACUCACACUGAGGAGAAACAUACACGCAUGGAGUGUGGAAAGGGCUUUAGUUGCAGUUCAAAACUAUGUUUGCAACAAAAGAAACACACUGGAGAGAAACCCUACAAAUGCCUGGAAUGUGGAAAGAACUUUACUCAGAGUUCAAAUCUCCAUUUGCAUCAAAGGACUCACACUGGAGAGAAACCACAUACUUGCCUGGAGUGUGGAAAGAGCUUUGCUUGGAGAGGAAAUCUAGAUGUACAUCAAAGGACUCACACUGGGGAGAAACCCUAUACAUGCCUGGAGUGUGGAAAGGACUUUACUCAGAGUUCAAGUCUACGUUCACAUCAAAGGACUCACACUGGGGAGAAACCCUAUAUGUGCCUGGAGUGUGGAAAGAGCUUUGCUCAGAGAAUACAUCUAGAUACACAUCAAAGGACUCAUACUGGUGAGAAACCCUUUAAAUGCCUGGAAUGUGGACAGAGCUUCACUGAUCAUGUAAGUCUACGUAACCAUCAAAGGAUUCACACUGGGGAGAAACCCUAUACAUGCCUGGAGUGUGGAAAGGACUUUACUCAGAGUUCAAGUCUACGUAAACAUCAAAGGACUCACACUGGGGAGAAACCCUAUACAUGCCUGGAGUGUGGAAAGGACUUUACUCAGAGUUCAAGUCUACGUUUACAUCAAAGGAUUCACACUGGGGAGAAACCUUAUACAUGCCUGGAGUGUGGAAAGGACUUUACUCAGAGUUCAAAUCUCCAUUUGCAUCAAAGGACUCACACUGGAGAGAAACCACAUACUUGCCUGGAGUGUGGAAAGAGCUUCACUUAUAGUGGACAUCUACGUAAACAUCAGCGGACUCACACUGGGGAGAAACCCUAUACAUGCCUGGAGUGUGGACAGAGCUUCACUGAGAGUGGAAGUCUACGUAAACAUCAAAGGACUCACACUGGGGAGAAACCCUAUACAUGCCUGGAGUGUGAAAAGAGCUUCACUGAGAGUGGACAUCUACGUAAACAUCAAAGGACUCACACCGGGGAGAAACCCUAUACAUGCCUGGAGUGUGGACAGAGUUUCACUGCUAGUGGAAAUCUACGUUCACAUCAACGGACUCACACUGGGGAGAAACCCUAUACAUGCCUGGAGUGUGGAAAAACUUUCACUGAGAGUGGAAGUCUGCGUUCACAUGAAAGGACUCACAUUGGUGAGAAACCCUAUACAUGCCUGGAGUGUCAAAAGAGUUUCACUGAGCGUGUAAGUCUACGUAAACAUCAGCGGACUCACACUGGUGAGAAACCCUAUUCAUGCUUGGAGUGUGGAAAGGGUUUCACUCAGAGAGGACAUCUAGAUUCACAUCAAAGGACUCACACCGGGGAGAAACCCUAUACAUGCCUGGAGUGUGGAAAGGGUUUCACUCAGAGAGGACAUCUAGAUUCACAUCAAAGGACUCACACCGGGGAGAAACCCUAUACAUGCCUGGAGUGUGGAAAGAGCUUCACUGAGAGUGGAAAUCUACGUAAACACCAGCGGACUCACACUGGUGAGAAACCCUAUACAUGCCUGGAGUGUGGACAGAGCUUUGCUCAGAGUGGAAAUCUAAAUGCACAUCAGCAGACUCACAUUGGUGAGAAACCCUUUAAAUGUCUGGAAUGUGGACAGAGCUUCACUUCUAGUGGAAAACUACGUUCACAUCAGCGGACACACACUGGGGAGAAACCCUAUACAUGCCUGGAGUGUGGACAGAGCUUCACUCAGAGUUCAAAUCUACGUUCUCAUCAAUGGACUCAUACUGGGGAGAAACCAUAUACAUGCCUGGAGUGUGGACAGAGCUUCACUGAGAGUGGAAGUCUACGUAAACAUCAAAGGACUCACACUGGGGAAAAACCCUAUACAUGCCAGGAGUGUGGAAAGAGCUUCACUUAUAGUGGAAGUCUACAUUUACAUCAAAGGACUCACACGGGGGAGAAACCCUAUUCAUGCCUUCUGUGUGGACAGAGCUUCACUGCUAGUGGAAGCCUACGUUCCCAUCAGCGGAUUCACACUGGUGAGAAACCCUAUACAUGCCUGGAGUGUGGACAGAGCUUCACUCAGAGUUCAAAUCUACGUUCUCAUCAACGGACUCACACUGGGGAGAAACCCUAUACAUGCCUUGAGUGUGGAAAGAGCUUCACUCAGAGUUCAAAUCUACGUUCUCAUCAACGGACUCACACUCGGGAGUAACCCUAUACAUGCCUGGAGUGUGGAAAGAGCUUUACCAGGAGUUUGAAUCUAUGUUAGCAUCAAAGGACUCACACUGGGGAACAACACUAUGCAUGCCUGGAGUGUGGAGAGAGCUACACUGAGAGUGGAAUUCUAUGUAAAUAUCAAAGGACUCACUCUGGGGAGAAACCCUAUACAUGCCAGGUGUGUGGGCAGAGCUUUUCUGAGAGUGGAAGUUCAUGUUCACAUUGUAGGACUCACACGAGGGGAAAAACUUAUGAAUGUCUUGAAUGGAGACAGAGUUUCACUCAGAAGGGAUUUCUACAUUCACAUCAUAGGCCUCACACGGGAAAAAUCGUAUAAGUGCCUGGAGUGUGGACAGAGCUUCACUGAGUUUGGAAGUCUACGCUGUCAUCAAAGAACUCUCACUUGGGGAACCGCCAUAAAUACCUAGAUUGUGUACAGAGCUUCAGUCGUGCACAUCUACGUUCACAUCAAAGGACUCACCAGGGAGAAACCUUAUAAAUGCAUGUUGUGUGAAUAGCACCUCUGAGAGUUGAAAUCUACAGACACAUAGAAUUCAGUGGUGUUUGACCCCAUAAGGCUCUCUAAAACAAGAGCUUUUCAAAAUUUUCAUGUUGGUGAUGCACUCUUUAAAAAAUGACAUUUUUAUAUCUCGGUGCUUCUAUAAUACUGGCAGGAGAUUUUGAUGCCAGCAUUGGUCCAAAUGAUGACGCUCUUUAUGGCCAUUUCAGUGAGCAUAGAAUCGUAGAAUAGUAGAGUUGGAAGAGACCUCAUGGGCCAUCCAGUCCAACCCCAUUCUGCCAAGAAGCAGGAAAUCGCAUUCAAAGCACCCCCGACAGAUGGCCAUCCAGCCUUAGCUUAAAAGCCUCCAAAGGAGCCUCCACCACGGCCCGGGGGAAAGAGUUCCACCGCCGAACAGCCCUUCUCACAGUGAGGAAGUUCUUCCUGAUGUUCAGGUGGAAUCUCCUUCCUUUCCUGUAGUUUGAAGCCCUUGUUCCCUUGCGUCCUAGUCUGCAGGGCAGCAGAAAACAAGCUCCCUCCCUCCUCCCUAUGACUUCCCUUCACGUAUUUGUACAUGGCUCUCAUGUCUCCUCUCAGCCUUCUCUUCUGCAGGCUAAACAUGCCCAGCUCUUUAAGCCGCUCCUCAUAGGGCUUGUUCUCCAGACCCUUGAUCAUUUUAGUCGCCCUCCUCUGGACGCUUUCCAGCUUGUCAACAUCUCCCUUCAAUUGUACACAGUGUGAUUCCAGGUGUGGUCUGACCAAGGCAGAAUAGAAUAAGGGGGGGCAGGACUUCCCUGGAUCUAGACGCUAUUCCCCUAUUGAUGCAGGCCAGAAUCCCAUUGGCUUUCUUAGCAGCCGCAUCACAUUGUUGGCUCAUGUUUAACUUGUUGUCCACAAGGACUCCAAGGUCUUUUUCGCACACACUGCUGUCAAGCCAGGCAUCCCCCAUUCUGUAUCUUUGAUUUCCAUUUUUUCUGCCGAAGUGAAGUAUCUUGCAUUUGUCCCUGUUGAACUUCAUUUUGUUAGUUUCGGCCCAUCUCUCUAGUCUGUCAAGAUCGUUUUGAAUUCUGCUCCUGUCUUCUGGAGUGUUGGCUCUCCCUCCCAGUUUGGUGUCGUCUCUAAACUUGAUGAUCGUGCCUUCUGACCCUUCGUCUAAGUCGUUAAUAAAGAUGUUGAACAGAACCGGGCCCAGGACGGAGCCCUGCGGCACUCCACUUGUCACUUCUUUCCAUGAUGAGGAUGACGCAUUGGUGAGCACCCUUUGGGUUCGUUCGCUUAGCCAAUUGCAGAUCCACCUAACCGUAGCUUUGUCUAGCCCACAUUUUACUAGUUUGUUUGCCAGAAGGUCGUGGGGGACUUUGUCGAAGGCCUUACUGAAAUCCAGGUACGCUACAUCCACAGCAUUCCCUGUAUCGACCCAACUCGUAACUCUGUCGAAAAAAGAGAUCAGACUAGUCUGGCAUGACUUGUUUUUGGUAAAUCCGUGUUGACUAUUAGUAAUGACUGCAUUUGUUUCUAAGUGUUUGCAGACCACUUCCUUAAUGAUCUUUUCCAGAAUCUUGCCUGGUAUUGACGUGAGGCUGACCGGACAUUGGUAAUUGUUUGGGUCGUUCUUUUUUCCCUUCUUGAAGAUAGGGACCACAUUCGCCCUCCACUGUUCCUCUAGGCAGCAAGGACUGAACUUUUUACGGAUUUAACUUCCAACAGUGUUGUUACUGUAAGUUCCUUUUAUGCAAUUCUAUCUUUAUUUGUAGUCAUGUUGUUAGCAGCCAGUGUUUGUGUAGUCAGUGUUUUCAAUAUAUUGCAAUGUUUUGGUGCUAAAUUCGUAAAUACAGUAAUUACUUACUGUGUAUUGAACUGCUUCUUCUGUCAAUUUGUUGUUGUAAAAAGUAAUGUUCUGGUGCUUAAUUUGUAUAAUCAUAAGGUAAUUUGAUGUUUGAUAAGAUAAAUCAAAAUGGUCAGUAAGUAAAUGGUACCAAUAUAUGGUGGAGCAAAUGGAAUUUGAAAUUAUGAAUGUGAAACUAAAUGUUGUAAAAACUAAUAAAAAUAGAAUAAGAGAAAUGGAAGAAAGAUGGACAAGGGUAAAAAACUAUCAUGAAUCAAUCUGGAGAUCAAGCCAUAAGAAAUAAGAUACAAAUGUUAUUUAGUAUAUAGGAUGGAAAUGGAUAAAGAUAAAGAUAUAAAGAUUGUCUCACAAAGAAACGAAUAUGUAAAAAGAAAACAAUCCUCAUGUUGGUGGUGGGAAUUGUAAAUGUCUUGUAUGUCUACGGUAUGUAUUUUUUGUGUUUUAAAUAAAAAAAUUGUAUUAAAAAAUU